AUGUCUGAAGAAAAUAAACAAAAAGGAUUGAAACAAGAUGAUUUUCGAAAAUUGUUGCAAACGCCUCGACCGGGAGAUGCACCGUCUAAGGGAAUCCUAGGAAUGGCAACUCCAAGACAAAGAGUGCCGCAAACUCCAAAGCCCGGUGGAUCCGGAACAUUUGCCAAACCUGAAGCACCAGCUUCCAAACCAAAGAAAAAAUAUAAGAGACCCGAAACUUCAGAAGAAAAGUCUUCUGAUAAUAAGUAUCGUGAUCGAGCUGCUGAACGUCGUACAGGAGCGAAUCCUGAUUAUCAAGAAACAGAACAAAUUCUUAAAGCUUUAAACAAUAGCGAAACAUUAGAAGCAAAGUUAGUUUAUGAACAAUCAAAAUAUCUUGGUGGUGAUACUGAAUAUACACAUUUAGUCAAAGGUCUCGAUUUUGCAUUACUUAAUAAAGUUCGUAAUGAGAUACAAAAAGGUGAUGAUCAAAAUGACGAAGAAUUAGAACAUGUACUAGAAAGAAUUAAAGAAGAAUCUCGAGAAGUACCAAAAAUAAAUAGCAAGAUAGCACAGAAUAUUUAUGAUAUUGCUGUGGUCAAUGCAAAGAAGAAGCCUCCAAGGAUUAAUGAACUGUUUGUUGCUGGCCGUAUGGCUUAUGUAUUUGAAUUAGCUGAUGAGAAUGGAUUUUAUGGUGAUCCAUUUGCUAUUUCAACGACUGUCAUAAGAAGUAAAGCGGAUAUCGCAGAUAUUUCUAGAACCGAUAAAUCUACAAAUGAUUUUGUUAUAGAUAGGAUAUCCAGAGUUAUGGCUUAUGUACGGAAAGGUGAUCAUGAUGGAAGUACAGAGAUAAAGGAUAAAAAAUUAAAGAAAAAGGUCAAAGAAAAACAGCCCGAAGUAGUUGCUCCGGUAAAAUAUGCAGCUAUUGAUGAUUCUGAAGAUAUAUUCGAAGAAGCUGGAAGAGACUAUACAGCAAUUCCUGAUGAACCAUCUGUAGAAGAGAAUAAGAAAGAAGAGGAUAUACCAAUGAUUGGACCUAUGCGUCCACCAUCUCAGUCAGUUGAGGUAGAUACUCCAAAGAGUUACUUUAAAGCAUCACAUGCGGAUAAUGACGCUAUGGAUAUUGAUGUUGAGGAACCGAGAAAUGAAGAUUUAAAGACUUUAAUAAAUAAAGUAGCCUCUGCCAGUGGAAUAAAUCAGAUUGAGGACACUGUAAAGAGUUCUGAAACGUCGGAUAAUAACAAAUUCUCGGUGAAGAGCGAAAUAAAUAAGAAGAGGUUGUAUGAUUACGAUGGUUAUGAAGGAACUUAUUCUACAUAUGGGCUUGGUUUAAGUAGUUUAGGUAGUGGAGGUACAAGGACAAAUGCAUACGAUUCUGGACAUGAGGAUUCUGAUUCUGAAGGAGAAGUGCACACCAUAAGAGAUCAAGGCGUUGCAAAGAAUAAAAAGGCACAAUUAUCACGAUGGGAUUUUGAUACAGAAGAAGAAUGGUUAUCAUACAAGGAUAAUGUUACGGCAAUGCCUAAAUCGGCAUUCCAAUUUGGAGUCAAAAAAACGGAUGGACGUAAGACACGUAGAAGUGGUAAAGAUUUAUCAGAGAAACAAAAAUUGGAUAGAGAUUGGCAAAAGAUUAGCAAAAUAAUGGAACAAAAAUAUGGGGAUGAUGAAGGCAGUUCCUCAAAAAAGAAAGCAAAGCAUGAAUAA